UUUUUUAAUUCCCUGACAUGUCUAUAGAGCAAUCGCAAGGAAUACAGGCUCUUCUUGCAGCUGAGAGAUCUGCCACAGAAACAAUUAAAUUCGCCCGUUUGGCCAGACAACGACGACUCAAGCAAGCAAGAGAAGAAGCCGAAACAGAAUUGGAUAAGUUUAAAAUUUCCCGAGAAAAUAUUUUAAAAACCUCAAUUAAGUCGCUUGAGAAAUUUUCGGAAGAAAUACAUGUAAAAAUAACUAAAAAGACGGAAGAAAAACUAAUUUUUAUCGAAGAAAGGGUUAAAAAGAACAGAGAAGAGGCUUCAGAUUUAUUAACUCAGCUGACUCUUACUGUUAAACCCAAAGUUCAUCAAAAAUUUUUCCGGAGCGCGCGAUAAUAUUUUUAUAAAAAUAU